UUCUGGCAUACGGUUUAUCAUACCUUUGUUGUUUUCAUCGAAAUAGUAGUAUAGUAGUUUCGUUUAUUCGAGUUAAUGCUUGUUUGUUCUUGACGUCAGUUCAAUCUUCAUUUCGAAUGAACAUGCACAUUUCAUAUUUUACGAUAUAGAGCAUGCGAUCAUUUAUAUCAUAUUUCACCAGCUCUUCCUAGGUUGAUUGGCAAGGAGAAGGUACAAAAUAAAUGUAUUUGAUUAUUAAAAUUAUUCAAAUUAUCAGACUAACUUAAAAUACAUAAUAGGCCUAGGCCCUAUAGAUUCCGGCUAUUGAAAUCCAGAUAUGGGCCUACUGGUAUUUAUUGUGUGCAUUGACUUAAACAUGCAUUAUGCAAGAGCUAAAUCUGCCUAUUGCAGGUCUUUCUUUAGACCUGAAAUGUUAAAUAGACAUUUAUUAACAUGAAAAGACCAUAAUCAUCUCUCGGUGCCACCUUAUGUGAAUGAAUGUGUCCGAUUUUCAUUGGAUUUAAAUCCAAUCUGCAGUUCAACGCCCAUUGAUGAUUAACUGCAAAUAUGGAUACUCGGGACUAUGUUAAUUAUCGUGACAGCGGUAACAAUGACAAUCAAGGCUACAGUCAUUUUAAAAUAAGGUUUUCACAGCUUAGAGUGAAGCAAUUUGACUGAAAUUCUCAGGAUAUUCCCUUUACAUGUACAUGUACAUUAUCUAGUUUUUAACUAUUAUAGUGAGAACUGCCAGCUCUUUAUCUAAUCUUCCAUAAUGUCUCAUUAAACACUUUGAAAACUACUAAAAAAAAAAUUGUAAGAAGACUUUUGUAAAUUAAAAGUUAAAAUGUGGUUUUCUCUGACAUCUAAUUUACCUACCGGUAUAGAGAGAGAAAUGGGGUUUAGUCUCCACUUGACACAAACUAGUUCAUUUCCGGACUAAUAUAAGGUUCAAUUUUAUUUCAUUAAUUCUCUUACGCACAGGGGUCUUUAGCAGUGGAAGGAAACUGAAGGAUCCAGAGAAAACCCACAAGGUUGGACAGGCGACCCUACUCGACGUUGUCACAUACAAGCCAGGAAUCAAAUCCAUGUCACUUCACUCAAUGCCACUUCACUCAAUGACAGUCCUUAUGAUGCAACGCGCACGCUUUAACAAUGGGAUGGCUUGUACCAAAAAAUAGAGAUGCCGGUUUAGAGUAACUGGUGAGUACAGGCAGGCACCAUGUUAAAGAUACAUAAUCCAGCCGUCAGUGUAACACCUUAUGUGUGCGGUGUAUGUGGCAGUGGAUUUCCUGACGAAGAAAGUUUAGAACAGCACGUCGACACACACAAUGAAGUUAAAGAAACAAAAGUGGUGACUAGCCGACAAGUUCUGCAUUGUCCAGACUGUAGUAGGACCUUUAAAGACAACUGUACAUUCUCCAAACAUCUGAGAACUCAUAGCGGGGAAAAACCUUUCAUGUGCACAGAAUGCGGUGAUUCGUUUGCUCAAAAAUCGACUCUGGCUCGACAUAAAAAAACGCAUACUGGUGAAAAACCCUUCUCUUGUGAAGAGUGUGGAAAAAGUUUCCCCACAAAUUCCCAGCUCCGUGAUCAUCUACGAGUUCAUUCAGACGAAAAGCCUUUUGGUUGUGAAACCUGUGGAAAAAGCUUUGCCCAUCCAGCCUCAUUGCGGUACCAUAUUAAAUCACACAUAGAUGGCAUGAAGGACAAACGCUACAAAUGUGACCAAUGCGAUAAGAUGUUUCUGUCAACAAACAAUUUACGUGAGCAUAAGAAAAUACAUGCAGGGAUCAAACCAUUCCAAUGUGAUAUUUGCUUACGUCGCUUUUCCCAGAGUGCAUCAGUGACGCGGCACGAACGAACACAUUACAAAGACAUGCCAUUUGAUGAUGGUAAAAAGAGACAAGAAAAAUCGUUUGCUUGUACCGACUGUGGACAGAAAUUUUGGGUGAAGUAUGAUUUGCAGCGACACAUUGCAGCCGUUCAUUUAAAUGAAAAAGACUUUAUUUGCACAGAAUGUGGGAAAACAUUCAUUCACAAAGGAGCUUUAAAUCGCCAUAUCAGAACUCAUACCGGAGAGAGGCCAUUUUUGUGUAAAGAGUGCGGCAAAACAUUCGGUGACAGCAGUGGAUUGCGAUGUCAUUUGCGGGUUCAUACAGGCUUCAAACCGUACACAUGUGAACUUUGUGGUGAGACCUACAGUCAACAAACAUCUCUGAAGAAUCACAGAUUACGCGUCCAUCCUGACCUCUAUGGCCCUCUGCCUGUCAUUACAAAUUUCUAAUGGUUUUUGUUUAAAAAUGACAAGACCUCUUUGAUUUGGUUCAAAAAUAAAUCUGUCCUCAUUGAAACACAUUUUAAGUUGACUUCUGCAAGAUUUAGAGAAAGUGUUGCUCGUUCUUGCUACAAUAGUUCAAACACAGAUAAUAAUACCGUAAUUGAAUAUAUUGAAAAUUUCAGUCAAAUUACUUUAUUACAAAAGUUGAAGUUUUGACCGAAAAUAAUUAUAAUUGGCAGAUGGAAACGCAGCUCACAGUUCAUGUUCUCGAUUGUCAAGUACCAUUGUCAUCCUUUCAUCAACAGUCUCCGGCCGUAUUAAUGUUUAAUGCAGAGAUGGUGGACAUUGUCUAAUUAACUCAAUGUCUAAGCCAUCCGAUGAUCUAGAGAGUUUAUUAUGGACUUGUCAUGUAAAUAAAUGUUUAAAUAAUAAUUACUAUAACAUUUGAAGCCAGAAACAUGUCUGGCAAUAGGCUAGUUCAGCCCUUGAUCUUUCAGAAGAAAUAGUAUAGCGCUUACCCAAUCACUAAUUAUUGAUAUAUAACACAUUCAAUAGUUUAUUUUAACCUAAAUCAAAGAGGUUUAUUUCCUUUAAGGAAUAAUAAAAAGUCCACAUCUGCAUAUAAAAUGCUGAAGUUAAUUUUAAAAAUACGCCUUUAGUCCCAUUUGAACACUGACUAAUAGGGCUUACAGAAUUAAUACUGUAGAACAGUUUGAGAUGAGUCGAUUAGCAGUUUAGAAGAGUUCAGCUCUCUAAAAUGUUCAGUGAGUGCAACAUGAAAUGGAUGAUUUUGAUCAUAAGAUUAAUAUGGUAAAGAUAUAUGGAUGUACAGUACGACCAUAUUCUACAUUCCGCACAUGAUUGAUAGAUCGUCCAUGGACGGUUAUCGACAGAAGAAAGAUAUUCUCUUUUGUAGUAAAUUUGACAUUAUUUUAUAAGAAAUGCAUCUGUACAUGUAUAAGUGAAACUGAUAGAAAUGUGUCUCAAAGUAUGUUAGUCUUUUGCCCAAUAUGUAUGUAAAAAGCUUAUUUUGGGGUCAAUCUUUGACCCAUGAUCCAACAAUCAUGCACAGAAUAUGGUGCAUUUAGUAGUUAUACUAUUGCCAGAUAUAUUGAACCAAACCUCAAUCUGUUUGUGAUAUAUGACAUGAAAUUGCUCAAAAUUUGGGUCAUUUUCAUUAAUUUUUAUCAUUAUAAAGGUUUUACAUGUAUAAUUAUGAGAUGAAAUGUACAGUUUUAGUGUAAUUUGAAUCAGUAUUUAAGUUGUAUAUAUAUUUAGUCUUACAUAAUAUAAAUAUGUACAAUGUAUGCAUGUUUUUGAGGAGGAGGGGGUGGGGACACUCUCAUUUAGCCAUGUUACGUACAGUAUAUAAAUUUUGUUAUGUUUAUCAUAUUUUAAUUUAUAUAGCCAUUAUAUAUAUAAUGUACUUACAUUCUGUAUCAUAUUGUUUUGUCAGGCCUAGGAAUUUUUCGUAAAGUGUCAGGAACCAUUAUGUGGCAGACAUGUAAGUAAAGGAAUCGACAAAAUGGCUGCAAUAAGACAACUCUGUGCUGGACAAGAUGACAGGCACCACUGGAAUUGUACCUGAUAUUGGUGUCUGACAUUGUCUGUGGAAGGUGUAUAAUUUCCAGACUUGGUUUUAUUUAUUCUGAUAAUAAUGAAUGCCGUAAAUUGUAUUUAUUUUUGAGAAAGUGACAUCUUAAUCAUCUUUUACCCUAUGAAACUUGUAAAUAUAGCUUAGCUUCAUGUGCUUCAGGAACAUUAAAGGAAGUGCAAAUUACAAAUUUAAAUUGAUAUCAGGGUCCAGUAAUCUUAUACAAGGAUAGCUGGAAUUUAAUUGCUGCACAGGCAAAAUGUCCCUCGUAGCACUCUGCAUGGCAUAUGCCCGUCUUCAAUUGGGCCAGUUGGUGUAGAAAAGUAGGACGUUAAAAAACUGAAACUUAUCUUAGCGAAUUGAGAUAAAAUGAAGUCGAUCGCAUGUAAUUUAUAAUUAUAGAUCAUAGUUUAUGAAACAUUAUUAUGUAUAAAUGUAUAUAUUGUAACAGUAUUUAAUUUUGAAUGGUGUAAAUAGGCUUUAAUAUAUAUAUAUAUAUAUAUAUUUCCAGUAAUUUGAUUUUAUAAUAAAAUAAUUUUUUAAUUUAUCAUAGUUUUCACAUCAUAUAAAUAUUCUGUUGUAUAGCCCAAACAUAACAGGGCAAGAUUCCCUUACAAAUGAUUGUUGCUCUUGAUUUUGAAAUGUGGCCAUUAAUUGCCAUUGUCCCUGUCCCUAAAUUACUUCUGUAAUAGUGAAAGUCAUCUGCUGAUCUACUUAAAAUUUAUGUUCUUUGUUUCGAUUAUUGCAAUGAAUAACAAUUACCACAAUUUCUGAUAAUUAUUGGCCUUAUCUAGUUAAUGUCAAAGGUAUUAUACCCAAAGAUUCACCGUGCAGCAAACUUUAUCGGCUAUUAGUUAUUAUCUUUGAAGGUAUAAUAGCAGGCCUGUAUAGCCCAGAACUAUCGAAACAAUCUAUUAUUGAAUUUAUGAUAGUGGUGGUAUGGGUUCAGUUUGAUCAAAAUAAAGAUCUAACAGUUUGUUCAUUUUUAUUAUUCAGAUGGUUACAUGUCACAUUGAUGUGAAACAAUUUUUUUUUUUUUUAAAUGAGCAAUCAGAACCCUAAGCGCACUAACAAAAGUUCUAGUAGCUAAUUUAUGACCUCCAUUGUUCAACAAUUUUACUCCUCCUAUAGAUUGCAAAGUAGUGCUAAAUAAUAUGUUCUUGUUAAUAAAAAAUAUCAUAAUUAUGGAUCUUGUCAAAGCGAAUGUUUGUCUUAAUUUUAUUUGUUGAUGUUUUUAUUGUUAUUUGAUGGCAGUGUAUGUUAAAGUGUACAAAAUAUAAUAGCACCCAUGAGCAGAACAUCCAAUUGGAUUUCAGUCUAUAAAUGUGUAAUUAUUUAACGACAAAUUGUCUUUAAUGUAAUAUCAGUUUCAAGCUUUGAGUUAUUUUCUUCUGUAAUACCAAUGUUUUUGUGCAUAUAUGGUGUUUCAUGUGUUAGUAAAAUGUUGUCACCAUUAUUCAAAAACAAUUUUUUUUCUAAGCUUAUAUCCCGCUUUCCUGCCUUUUAACUUUACUAAAGCCUUGUUUUGAGGAUUUUUUCAAAGUUUUUGGCAAAGUAAGAUUAACCUUAUAGUUGAACGCUGUUAUAAUAUAAACUAGUGUGCCCCUGUGUUUGAUACCAUGUAAAUGUUCAACAUGUCUGUGUUUUCAAUGCAGUUUGGCCAUAAUUAGCCAGUCAUGACUGCUUGAGUUAAAAUUUAACCAAAAUGUCUCAGACAUCCCUCGGUCAAUUCACAAGCUGUAAAACUAGCAUAUUUUUCAAAAGCCCAUUUUCAACUUAAAACUUUAAAAUUCUACAACCUGUACAUAAUAUUGCAUGUGAACAGAAGCGUCAUUAUCUUAUGAUUGGUGUUAUAGAAUUAUUGUAUACUCUUUUCAACUUGCUUCAAAAAGCUAUCAGUGAGCUUUUUGUGUUGCUUAGCAAUGCUUUGUUUACAAUAACCCUAUUAUGUAUCUAUGUAUGUAGCAUCUUUAAAUAUAUAUUGAGUGAAUCAGCUAUAUGAUGUUAUAUUUGAUAUAAUCAGUUAUUUAGAAUUAUAUAUUAAAUCAUAUUUAAAUUAUACAUUUGAUGAAAUUACCUCAAUAAAGAUUAUCUAUAAAUAA